GAACAUGUGCAAUUUUUGACACUUCGAGGUUAUUCGAAAUUUUUGUUAAAUGAUUAUUUAAUUCCUUAUUGAUUAUGGUUUUAUUUUGUCCCACUUGUGCAAAUCUCUUAUGUGUUGAAGCAGGGGCCGGAGGUGAUUUGCGUUACUCUUGUCAUACUUGUCCAUACGUAUAUCCAAUUGUCAAGGAAAUUGGACUUAAAAUAUAUCCCAAAUUAAAGGAAAUUGGUCAUGUUAUGGGCGGUGCUGCUGCAUGGGAAAAUGUAGAUUCUACUGAUGCUGUAUGUCCUUCUUGUGGCCAUGGUCGUGCAUAUUUCAUGCAAAUGCAAACACGUUCUGCUGAUGAGCCGAUGACUACAUUUUAUAAGUGCUGUAACCAAUCCUGUGGUUAUAAUUGGAAGGAAUAGUUUUUAGUGUUUUGAUGAAAGGAUUAGAUAAGGAUUCACAUGGGUAUUUUCAAGGCAAGAUCAUUGCUUACUAAUCGAUUUAAUAUAUCACAGAUAAUAAAUAAUUUUAUUAAAAUGGGUGAAAGGCAAUUGGCAAAUGAUUGCAUUGUGCCGUCACCUAAAAUUAAUAGAUUAGAGAAA